UUUUUUUCAUGAAGAAUGGGCUGCGCAAUAUCAGGUCUGGCGGCAAAAACAGAGUUUGGAGCGAGGAACACAGAGGAUGCUGCUGCCGCCGCUGCGUUUCCCAGAGAGGAUCAGAUCCAGAUGAUCAAGGAGUCGUGGAAAGUUAUCCGGGACGAUAUAUCCAAAGUUGGGAUUAUUAUGUUCGUCAGGUUGUUUGAGACCCAUCCCGAAUGCAAAGACGUCUUCUUCCUCUUCCGAGACGUGGAGGACCUGGAGAGGUUGCGGAGCAGCCGGGAGCUCAGGGCGCACGGCCUACGGGUGAUGUCUUUCAUCGAGAAAAGCGUGGCUAGACUGGACCAGCAGGAGAGACUCGAAGCUCUGGCUCUGGAGCUGGGAAAGAGCCAUUAUCAUUACAACGCCCCUCCUAAAUACUACACCUACGUCGGAGCAGAAUUCAUCCGCGCCGUGCAGCCCAUCCUGAAGGAGAGGUGGACAGCCGAGCUGGAGGAGGCAUGGAAGACCAUGUUCCUGUAUGUCACCGGCCUCAUGAAGCAGGGAUACCUGGAGGAGAGCACCCGACAGCGCCACCUAGCAGUCUCCCCGAAGGACAGGCCCGACAAGAGGAGCACGGCGUUGUGAGACGCUGCUUCUCUCAGCACCUACUCAGACUGUUUUUCCCAGUUCACGACAGAAAUGUCUUCAUGUAUAUACUGUAUUUACUGCCUCCUUUUGUACAUGGCUCAUGUUUACCACAGUUAUCGUUUGCUACUUCACAAAAGAAAAAAAAAACAUGCAGUGACUUUGAACAAAGCACUUUAUUUCUGAACUUAAACUCUGCUGCAGGACUCAGGAGCAUGACAAGACAGUUGACAAAAUAUACUGGCUGUAGUUAAACCUGCCUUGUAAUUGUGAUUAACAGAAAUGAUAUUAGAAUUACAGCCAAUGCUUUGUGUUUAUAACUCAAACUCGAUGCCUUUCAGUAAACCUACAACUUUUAACAUUUUUGGGGCCAUUUAACUCAUUCACAUUUCAAAUACCCACAUUGGCUGCAGCCAUACAGUACACAUUUUAAGACCGACAGUUCAACACCUUGGUAUGGAACCAAGACAAGGGCGCAAAAUAAUAUUCAUAGAACUUCAAAAAGGUAAACUAAAACAUAGUAAAUUAAAAAAAAAAAGUUUAAUACUGUAAAAUUGGUUAAAAAUACAUCAAAUGAUCUGAUUUAGUUUUGUAUUUCCAAGCAAUUUUAAGUAAUUUCAAAGAUUUUUAAUAAUUAUUAAAAAACAACCCCCCCCCC